AUGAUGUUCGCAACAUCGACUCAUAUUUUAUUUUCCCUAUUAAUCUUAUCGAUAAUUGUCGCACCGAUUUGGACGUUUUACCUCCAAGAACAACUUGUGACUACAUCUGAUCAGACGCAACACGAAGAUCAACAAACACAUCAUGGAAUUCGCAGUGUUCUUCUGCCGAAGAUUUGUAUAACAAUGUCGGAAAAGAGCAAUGAAUUUCACAUUUAUUCGGACACCAACGCUCGUCAAAGUCGACAUCAGUCGAAAAGAAAAUGUUAUCCCUUUGAUAUGCGUUAA